UUGAGCACGGUACCCUGUCAGUCGUGCUCUGAGAUUCGAAAAAGGCGAACGUCGCCCCCGACAAGGAGCAUCCACAAGCCAAAUCACACCAAAGGACGAGUGCGAUAACGAAACUGCUACCAAAAUACAACCAUUGCCAAAAAUUUACAAAAAGAAAACUGUGAACGUGCUUACAAAAAACACUAAAAUCAGUCUGAGUUUGGGAUUAUUUUUUACAUUACCAAAGACUUUUUCCGCACAUGCGCGAAUUCCGCGCAAAAAAAGGCAAGCUAAAAAGAAGAGGGCCAAAAAAUAGACAAAAACGACAAGCAAGGAGCAUUUGAGCCCCCCCAUCUAACUCUCCCCCUGGCAGCACGCACUGUUAUCGCAGCCUCUGUGUGCGUGUUGAUUUAACGGUGCCGCGGUCAAGUGUAGCAAAAAAGAGAGUGAGAGAAUCCGCGACGGAGAGCGCACUGCUCCCCAGUUCCCGUUUCUGGAUCCACUUGGAAAAUUUGUUCGGAGGACGCCAAGCCGUCAACAGCCGCCAAGAUGCAGAACUGGGAGACGACAUCCACGGCCAACUACGAGCAGCACAACGCCUGGUACAGCAGCAUGUUUGCCGCCAACAUCAAGCAGGAGCCGGGCCACCACCUCGAGGGCAACAGUCUGGCCAGCAGCCCCCGCCAGUCGCCCAUUCCCUCGCCGAUGAACCCCGGCAAUCAGCUGGAACAGUUCCUCAAGCAACAACAGUCACACCAUCAGCAGCAGCAGCCCAUGGAUACUCUCUGCGCCAUGACUCCGUCUCCUAGCCAGAACGAUCAGAACAGCCUGCAGCACUUCGAUGCCACACUCCAGCAGCAACUGCUCCAGCAACAGCAGUACCAGCAGCACUUCCAGGCGGCCCAGCAGCAGCACCAUCACCACCACCACCACCUGAUGGGUGGCUUCAAUCCGCUGACGCCGCCCGGUCUGCCCAAUCCCAUGCAACACUUCUACGGCGGCAGCCUGCGGCCUAGUCCACAGCCCACUCCGACAGCGCCAUCCGCUGCUUCGGUGACCUCGGCCACCAGCGAGAAACUGCAAGCCCUCACCCCUCCCAUGGACGUGACGCCGCCAAAGUCGCCCGCCAAGUCUAGUCAAUCGAACAUGGAGCCCGAGAAGGAGCAGGACCAGAUGUCCAACUCCAGCGAGGACAUGAAGUACAUGGCCGAGUCGGAGGACGACGACACCACCAUUCGCAUGCCCAUCUACAACUCGCACGGCAAGAUGAAGAACUACAAGUGCAAGACGUGCGGCGUCGUGGCCAUCACCAAGGUGGACUUCUGGGCACACACCCGCACCCACAUGAAGCCUGACAAGAUCCUGCAGUGCUCCAAGUGCCCCUUCGUGACCGAAUUCAAGCACCACCUGGAGUACCACAUCCGCAAGCACAAGAACCAAAAGCCCUUCCAGUGCGACAAAUGCAGCUACACCUGCGUGAACAAGUCCAUGCUCAACUCGCACCGCAAGUCCCACAGCUCCGUGUACCAGUACCGGUGCGCCGACUGCGAUUACGCCACCAAGUACUGCCACAGCUUCAAGCUGCAUCUGAGGAAGUACGGCCACAAGCCCGGCAUGGUGCUGGAUGAGGACGGAACCCCCAAUCCCUCUCUAGUGAUUGAUGUCUAUGGCACCCGACGUGGCCCGAAGAGCAAGUCUGGAGGAACCUCGAGCAGCGGAUCUGGCAGCAGCAGCCGCAAGCCCAAUGUGGCAGCCGUCGCUCCUCAGCAACAGCAGCCCCAGCCACAGCCUCAGGCAGCAGUACCCACACCUCCCACCUCUCAGUUGAGCGCCGCCCUCCAAGGAUUCCCUCUGUCACAGACAAGUGCUGCUCCAGCUAUUUCCUCUCCAGUGCCGCCGAUGGUCCCUUCGCCCAGCAAGAGCGUGACCAGUGGAGAUCAGAGCUUGCCAAGCCCGGCCAACCUGCUGCCUCCGCUAGCUACCUUGCUGCAGCAGAAUCGCAACAUGGCCUUCUUCCCCUACUGGAACCUCAACUUGCAGAUGCUGGCCGCCCAGCAACAGGCCGCCGUCCUCGCCCAGCUGUCUCCCAGGAUGCGAGAACAACUCCAGCAAAAGCAGCAGCAGGCGAACAGCGACAACGAGGAGGAGGAGCAGGACGACGAGUACGAGCGCAAGUCGGUGGACUCCGCCAUGGAUCUCUCUCAGGGAACUCCCGUCAAGGAGGAGGAGGGCCAGCAGACUCUGGCCAUGAAUCUGAAACUGCAGGAGGAGGACACGCCAUUGAUUAGCAGCUCAAACGCCUCGCGGCGCAAGGGCCGCGUCCUGAAGCUGGACACUCUACUGCAAAUGAAAUCAGCGGCCCUCACAUCCCCCGAACAGCUGAAGGUGCCCUCGAGCAGCAUGCUCACCGCAUCAUCUCCCAUCGCCGGGCACAAACCAUUGCCAGAGGAACACUGCUCGGGAACCAGCUCGGCCGACGAGUCGAUGGAAGCGUCCCACGUGCCGCAGGCCAACACCAGUGCUAGCUCGACCGCCUCCAGCUCGGGCAACAGCUCCAACGCCAGCAGCAGCCACAGCGGUAGCGGUACCGGAAGCAACAUUAACGGAAGCAACAGCAAUGCCAGCAGCAAUGGAAACGUCAGUGCAGUGGCCCCGGCUUCGGGUACACCAGCGGCGGCAGGAGCCAUCUAUGAGUGCAAGUACUGUGAUAUCUUCUUCAAGGACGCCGUGCUAUACACCAUCCACAUGGGCUACCACAGUUGCGACGACGUCUUCAAGUGCAACAUGUGCGGCGAGAAGUGCGACGGCCCCGUCGGCCUCUUCGUCCACAUGGCGCGCAACGCCCACUCCUAAGCCGAACCAGCCGACCUUGUUAUUAUUUAUCUACACACUAUUAUAACUUUGAUAUCGUUGUCCAGAAUUGUAAAUACUCGUAGCUUAAGUUUUCAAAAUUAUUUUGUUGUCAAGAAUUGUAAAUAAGCAAAUCAACUAAGUCGCUAGCAAGCCAAUCCUUCUAAUCCUAGAUCUAAGUUUUAAUAUCUAACUCCUAACUGUAUCGAACUGUAUGCACUUUCUAUCUAUCUAACUGGCUCUUGUAUCUUUGAAUUCGACUAAGAACCCUGAAGAAGGUUUAAAAAAUGAUCAUCAAUUAUCAUCAAAUUACUCCUAAGUUAAUAUUAUUUGUAAGCCAAAACCAAACAAAACCAACAGUCCAAAGUCAAAUUAAUAAAAUAUAUAGUUUAUAAUACAUGAAUGAGUAUAUUUUAUAAAAAUUAUUUUUAGUCAUAUUUGCCCUAUAUACGCAUAAACUGAUAUUCCCCCCAGUAUUUUGUUAGUCCAACCAGGCCAAACGCAAAUCGAGUCGAUCGAAAUCAAAUAAAAACUAUACACAAAUUA